UUAUUUUUAUAUGGUACUAAGGGUCAAAAUGCUUCACACAUGCUAGACAAGCGCUCUGCCACUGAGCUACAGCCCCAGCCUCCAGAUUAUUUUUUAACACUGACUUACUGAGCAGAUUUACCAUGAGCAGGGACAUAGAGAUUUUAGUUAGGGGAUGAGACUGAAAAGAUGGGCUGAGGUCAAAACUUAAAAGGGCCUGAAUCAUCCAGGACUUAAGGAAACACUACUCUUCUGAAAGCAGGAAAGGAACACAUUAGGUUUUGGUUUGUAGAAAAGAAGCUGUAAGAUCAUGUGGAGGACUGUAAGACCUCUGAAGUGGAAGGAAUCUAGUUUAUCUCUUUAGGUUUCACUACAGAGGUGAUAUUUAUUCUCUCAAAUUUCAUUUGGAAUGGAAGAUAGGGAAAUUGGGUGGGGGUCUGAACUCCAGAUUGCAGAAUUCCCUGGAGGCUUAGAACAGUGGUUUUCAGACUUGAAUAUGCACCAAACCUGGAGAGCUAGUUUUUGAUUUAAUAAGUCUGAAGUGGAGCCUGAGAAUUUGCGUUUUUAACAAAUUUGGAAAAUGCAGUGGUCUGUGGCACAGGGAUUGAACCCCGUAGAGCUUAACCACUGAGCCACAUCCUCAGCCUAAUUGCCUAAUCCCGGCUACUUGAGAGGCUGAGGCAGGAAGAUCGAGUGUCUGAGGCUAGCUUUGCCAAUAUAGAGAGGCUCUAAUCUGCCCCUCUAUCCCCCACAAAAGAGAAGGAAAAUGAAAGUAAGAAAAUUUGUAAUUGAUGCUGCUACUGUUGGUUAGGAACCUCACUUUGAGAACCACUCUUUAAGAGACUUGGCAGCUAAGAGGCAAAAGGAGGUUGAGAGCCAGAUGUUAAUUGGCGUUCUUCUACUAACCUAGAAUUUCAUGUCUGUUGAGUCUACGCUUCAGCAGUUGUUGGGUGGCUUGCCCUAUAACAUCCACAAAACCUGGUGAAGGUCUGUGCCCUUACUCACAGUGACUCUUCCCAUCACUUCCAGGCGAGGUUACCAGAUGUGUAUUUCUGAACAGCUGCUUUUCACAUUUUUGGAAAUAUACCCAUUGUGGGGCACUUUAUACCAUUAGGAUAGGUGACAUUUGUGCCAUGAAAAGUGACCCCCUCUUGUCCCCCGUCCUUGAGCAUAGCCUCCUGGUUGGCAAGGCUGUUUGAAGAACUGAAAGCAAGCCCAACAUUUCAGUUGUGUUCUUUUGAUUAGCCAAGUUUACACAGGACAUGCCUGGGAGAUUAUCUCUUUAGCGCAGGAGUUGAAUUUCAAGGGCAAAGUCCACAGUUGGCUGUUGAAAGGCUGAGAACACCUGGAAGAGAGGAUUUCAGUGCCUCUUCCCACAGAGGUCAAGUUUUCUACUUGUUGCUGCCCAAGCAGGCGACCUUGGGAUGUUUCUCUCUGAGCAGCAUGGCUCCAGGCACUGCCCUUUGCCUUCUACUUCAGUGGCUGCGGCUUCAGGGCUCUGGGUUUGCAGAGAGCCGAAAUGACCAUGACUGCCAACAAGAAUUCCAGCAUCACCCAUGGAGCCGGAGGCACUAAGGCUCCUCGGGAGACUCUGAGCAGGUCUCAGUCAGUCUCUCCACCUCCAGUUCUGUCCCCACCAAGGAGUCCCAUCUAUCCCCUCAGUGAUAGUGAAACCUCAGCCUGCAGGUACCCUACUCAUUCCAGCUCCCGAGUGCUUCUCAAGGACUGGCACCGCUGUGAUUCUUUACCCCGAGAUCCUCAAGAUCCUUCCCCAGAUACUUCUCCACCCAUCUGUCCUAUCAAGGCCACUAGCUCCAAUUAUUUGGACAGAAGCCCUUCAGUGUGCAAAAGAGAGAACCAGAAGGAGAAUGUCCAGUGUGCAGCCCAGGAUGUAGAGGGAGUAGCUGCUUGCCUCCCCCUUGCCCAGAGCACCCCAUUCCUAGGGCCAGCACUUGGCUCACGGAGUGUCUUGCUGACCCGCACUGGCACCCGUGCCCACAGCCUGGGCAUCCGGGAGAAGAUUUCAGCAUGGGAAGGUCGCCGAGAGACUUCGCCCAGGAUGAGCCUCUGUGGAGAGAAACGGGAGGCCUCUGGGGGUGAGUGGGUAGUCAGUGAGGGCUGCCCCAGCGUGGUGCCAUCCCCCUGCAGCUCAGAAAAGACCUUUGAUUUCAAGGGCCUCCGGAGGAUGAGCAGGACCUUUUCUGAGUGUUCCUACCCUGAGACCGAGGAAGAGGCAGAGACACUCCCUGUCCGGGACUCUUUAUACCGGCUGGAGAAGCGGCCAGGCCGGAGUGAGCCCAGUGCCUUCCUCAAGGGGCAUGGCAGCAAGAAAGAAAGCUCAGCAGUGCUGAGCCGGAUCCAGAAAAUUGAACAGGCCCUGAAGGAACAGCCAGGCCGGGGGCUCCCCCAGCUCCCCAGCAGCUGCUACAGUGUAGAUCGUGGGAGAAGGAAGACAGGAACCUUGGACACCUUGGAGGAACCAAUAGGGAGCGCGAGUGUGAGCUCUGGCACCUGGGCAGCAGGAGUGCCUGGAGUUGGGGGGGAGGCGGGCCUGCCCCUGGAGAGGGAAGGCAGUGGUUCCUUGAAGCCAGGGACCCCUGGAAAUAAUCCUGACUCCCAGCUGCUGCCAUCAAAGAGCUCCCCUGAUCCCGCUGUGAACCCUGUCCCCAAACCCAAGCGCACCUUUGAAUAUGAGGCUGACAAGAACCCCAAGAGUAAGCCAAGCAAUGGUCUACCUCCUUCGCCCACACCUGCUGCUCCACCCCCCUUGCCCUCCACCCCAGCCCCACCAGUCACCCGGAGACCCAAGAAGGACAUGCGUAGUCAUCGCAAGUCCCAGAGCAGAAAAUCCUUUGAGUUUGAGGAUGCAUCCAGUCUCCAGUCCCUAUACCCCUCUUCUCCCACUGAGAAUGGUACUGAGAGCCAACCCAAGUUUGGAUCCAAAAGCACUUUAGAAGAGAAUGCCUAUGAAGAUAUUGUGGGCUGGGCAACAGUAAGGAACAGAGGGCACCUACCAGGAUGGAGGUUGCAGCAGGAAGCAAAGCAGCCAAGAGGAGAGCUGCCCAAGGAGAAUCCAUAUGAGGAUGUGGACUUAAAGAGCCGAAGAGCUGGAAGAAAAUCUCAGCAACUGUCUGAGAACUCCUUGGACUCUCUGCACAGGAUGUGGAGUCCUCAGGACAGGAAGUACAACAGCCCACCCAUGCAGCUCUCCCUGAAACCCAGUAGCCAGUCCCUGCGCAGUGGGAACUGGUCAGAAAGGAAGAGCCACCGGCUGCCACGAUUACCCAAGAGGCAUAGCCAUGACGACAUGCUGCUGCUGGCUCAGUUGAGCCUGCCAUCUUCACCCUCCAGCCUCAACGAGGACAGCCUCAGCACCACAAGUGAGCUGCUCUCCAGCCGCAGGGCUCGCCGCAUUCCCAAGCUUGUCCAAAGAAUUAACUCCAUCUACAAUGCCAAGAGGGGAAAGAAGAGGUUAAAAAAGCUGUCUAUGUCCAGCCUUGAGACAGCAUCACUGAGAGAUGAGAAUAGUGAGAGUGAGAGCGACUCUGACGACAGGUUCAAAGCCCACACACAGCGUCUGGUCCACAUCCAGUCGAUGCUGAAGCGUGCACCCAGCUAUCGGACCUUGGAGUUGGAGCUGCUUGAGUGGCAGGAGCGGGAGCUCUUUGAAUACUUUGUGGUAGUAUCCCUCAAGAAGAAGCCAUCCCGAAACACCUACCUCCCUGAAGUCUCCUACCAGUUUCCCAAGCUGGACCGACCCACUAAGCAGAUGCGGGAGGCAGAGGAAAGGCUUAAAGCCAUUCCCCAGUUUUGUUUCCCAGAUGCCAAGGACUGGAUUCCUGUGUCAGAAUACAGCAGUGAGACCUUUUCUUUUAUGCUGACUGGGGAAGAUGGCAGCAGACGCUUUGGCUACUGCAGGCGCUUACUGCCAAGUGGGAAAGGGCCUCGGUUGCCAGAGGUGUACUGUGUCAUCAGCCGCCUUGGCUGCUUCGGCUUGUUUUCCAAGGUCCUAGAUGAGGUGGAACGCCGGCGUGGGAUCUCGGCUGCAUUGGUCUAUCCCUUCAUGAGAAGUCUCAUGGAGUCGCCCUUUCCAGCCCCAGGGAAGACCAUCAAAGUGAAGACAUUUCUGCCAGGCGCUGGCAAUGAGGUGUUAGAGCUGCGGCGGCCCAUGGACUCCCGGCUGGAGCAUGUGGACUUUGAGUGCCUUUUUACCUGCCUCAGUGUGCGCCAGCUUAUCCGAAUCUUUGCCUCAUUGCUGCUGGAGCGCCGGGUCAUUUUUGUAGCAGAUAAGCUCAGUACCCUGUCCAGCUGUUCCCAUGCGGUGGUGGCCUUGCUCUACCCCUUCUCCUGGCAGCACACCUUCAUUCCUGUCCUCCCGGCCUCCAUGAUUGACAUCGUCUGCUGUCCCACCCCCUUCCUGGUUGGCCUGCUCUCCAGCUCCCUCCCCAAACUGAAGGAGCUGCCUGUGGAGGAGGCACUGAUGGUGAAUCUGGGAUCUGACCGGUUCAUCCGACAGAUGGAUGAUGAAGACACGUUGUUACCUAGGAAGUUACAAGCAGCUCUGGAGCAGGCUCUAGAGCGGAAGAAUGAACUCAUCUCCCAGGACUCAGACAGUGACUCCGAUGAUGAAUGUAAUACCCUCAAUGGGCUUGUGUCAGAGGUGUUUAUCCGGUUCUUUGUGGAAACUAUUGGGCACUACUCCCUCUUUCUGACCCAGAGUGAGAAAGGGGAGAGGGCCUUUCAGCGUGAGGCCUUCCGCAAGUCUGUAGCCUCCAAAAGCAUCCGCCGGUUUCUCGAAGUUUUUAUGGAGUCUCAAAUGUUUGCUGGCUUCAUCCAAGACAGGGAGCUAAGGAAAUGUCGGGCAAAGGGUCUCUUUGAGCAGCGAGUAGAACAGUACUUAGAGGAGCUCCCUGAUACUGAGCAAAGUGGAAUGAAUAAGUUUCUCCGAGGUUUGGGCAACAAAAUGAAGUUUCUUCAUAAAAAGAAUUAAACCCCUUUUCCAGUAGCAGAGUCCAAUGCCUUGCAGAACCUGGAGCCUAGGGAGAGGGCCCAGCCUGGGACUUUCUGGGCUACUGCGUCUGCUCUGCUCCCACAGACCCACCUCCAAGCCAGCCCACCUGUGCCUUCACCAUAUCCCAGGAUACUGUUUGUAAAUAAUCUGCUGUAAGCUUUCUUUUAACUGUUUUUGUAACAAGCAAAGAGAAUCUGAUAAAUAUUUGUAUAUUCCCAAGUGGCCGGGUGCUUUCCUGCCCUGUCUGAGCAUGGAUGGAGUUUUGCUGGGUGCUGGUGACUGGCCAAUUAUGUGCAGCUGACUGUCUCAGCCAAACCACUGAUCUUCCCUGGAGGCUUUUGGCCUGCCUGCCUGGGGCCCCUGCUGCCAGUCUUGGGCUCUGGAGAGCGAGUGCUAUCUUGUUAUGAUGUACAGGAGGACUUUUUUUUUUUUUUUGUAAUCUUAGAGUUUUAUAUUUUUUUCUAGUAGUCCCCCUCCCCUAAGCCUCUGUUUUUGAAAGGCAAAGGCCAUUCAUUUUCCAUUUGCAACAUGGCAUCAGGCUCUUGGGCCUGGUUCUCUCUUGUUCCUCCUCCCCUCAGAGAUGGUCAGUGAGUCGUGGGAAGCCCAGCCCCCAGCUCUGCCUGUGCUCUCUGGGCCUGGCUCCCAGUCAGUGGUGGCCAUGAUGCGGUACAGGGCAUCCCUCCUUCCCACCAUCUACAGGUGUUCUCAAUAAACAAUGUACAGUCA